ACAUAGGUUUGAGAUCUUUCUCUCUUUAGUUAUGUUCAGUCUGUUUUCAGCAUUGAGGCAGCUUGGUGUUUAAAUUGGUUUUAUGCCUCAAGAUAUAAAAUUAGCACGGGUUUUGCUGACUUUUGAGUUUUUUAUAAUUUCUGAAUUUGAAGUAAAGCUAACUUUGUCGUUCAGGUGUUUGUGUUGAAAAAGAUAGUAAUAAAUAAAAAAUCGCGCUUUGCAAUAUCAUACAUUUGCGAGUGAAAAAAGCUAGACGAAAAGAGCUAGCAAAAUUUGUUCAUUGAGAAAAAUUUGAUGUAUUUAUGUGGGUGUAGUGGUGACAUUUUUUGUUCAACUCUCCCGUGGCAGAGCGUAAAUUAAAGGUGCACUUUUCUCUUCUCAUUGAUGGUGGUAGGAUUAAGAAGGGAGUGAAACCAUAAACGCAUACUUGACGUAUUAACCACCAAGGAGUUGUGCGUGAGAAAAUCUGUCGUUGGUAUGAGUGCUGUUCUGUUGGCGGCAGCUAUUUGAUAGUGUGUGUCGUCAGAUCUGCGAUUUUUUGACUAAUAGUUUUGCAAGUAUCGCGAAAUGAUUAGGACCGCCGAUUUCGGUGUGAUGUUUUCGUGAAUUAUUUUUGGAAUUUCAACUGUUCUGGAUGCUGUUGGUACGGAGUGGUAAACUAAACUAAUAACAAACCGAAACAGCUAACCUAUGACAUUGAGUAUCAAUAAAUGGCAAGAAGUUGAUGAACAGAGAACAAAUCGUGAUACAAGUCAUUCAACCUGAUUGUGAUUAUUCCUGGAGAGAAGGUAUCUGCGUCGAAAGUGUACUCGCUCGAUUUUAUAUGACGUAUAUGUGAAUGUGUGUAGAAAUAUGACCGGCUUUUCAUGAUUCACAUAUAGCGGCGAAACAAAAAUCUUUUAUACCCUAGAAAAUAACUAUUUAAUAAAAUACAGUGCUUGAUCACUCAGUGAUAUUGUAAAACAGAAUGAACAUGGCACACCUCAAAAGUGCUACGGUUUUUCACGCAAGUGUUAGUUUGUUGAUUUUGGUGAGCCAAUGGAAAAUAACGACAGCAAAUAUUAUCCCACCAUCUGCUCUUACCACUGGUAAUAGUAGCGAGAAUCAGUUGCACAGCGAAGUUGGCACUAGUUCAGCCACCAAGCGAACUUGCACCAAUGUACAUACUAUCUUCGAGCAGCGAGGUUUUAACGCAGCCAACAUUCCAGCUGACCCAGUUACAGAUAGACCACUUCGAUACUGUGAUGUUCCACCUGGUGGCACCUGUUGUACGCAUACUAUUGAGAACAAACUCGCCGUUCACGCUAAAGCGCUGCUGGAACGUAACACCAAAGACUCGAUCACAAAACUAUCUUCUGUGCUAGGGAACCGAGCGCAGAAAUUCAAUGAUUUCUUCAAGCAAUUGCUCUCAGAAUCUAAAGCAGAGUUUCAUGCGAUGUUCAAGCGAACCUACGGUACAAUUUACGAGCAAAAUGCGUACGUCUUCUCAGAUCUAUUUACUGAAUUGGAGCGGUACUAUGCAAACGGCAAGGUUGACCUUGGGGAAGCUAUGGAUUCAUUCUUCAAUGUGCUGUAUCAGAAAAUGUUUACCGUUCUUAAUUCGCAAUACACGUUCAACACUAAAUAUCUUGGAUGUGUCAGCGAACAUAUGAAGGAAUUAAAACCAUUUGGAGACGUCCCGGAUAAGCUUUCAGUGCAAAUCAAACGAUCUUUCGUUGCUACUCGUACAUUCGCCCAGGCGUUAAAUUCAGCUGCUGAGGUUGCUAAGAACAUGGUUAAUGUACGGUUAACAGCUGAGUGCACGGCUGCAUUGACGAAAAUGAGCACAUGUAAUACUUGUGCAGGAUUUCUGGAAAAGCCGUGCUCAUCCUAUUGCGUAAACGUGAUGAAGGGUUGUCUACAAAAUUACCUCGAGUUGGAUGCUGAGUGGGAUUCAUUUGUAGCCACGAUGGAACGAGUUUCAGACCGUUUGCUAGGACCCUUUAAUAUAGUUAUGGUUGUUGAACCAAUAAAUAUCAAAAUAUCAGAAGCUAUUAUGAACUUCCAGGAAACCGGUCAAGAUAUAUCUAAUCGCGUUUUUCAAGGAUGCGGCAAGCCUGCUCUUGGUCGUCGAAGAAGAGCUUCUGGUGUUACACCAGUGGUUGCAUCAGGAUCCGUUAUAAGAAAUAAACGUAACAUGGAAAGGUUAACUACCGCUCACGACGACAGUGAUAGUUUUAUUUUUGACGAAGAGAAUGUGUUUAAUGAUCGACAUAUAGUGAAAAGAUCAACACAGGAUUCGUCUAGUCGUGAAUUGAAAUAUGAGCCAGUGCAGUUUUCUACUGGAGAAAUUCAAUUUACUAACAACAACAGUCCACCUAGUCAUCACCAAAUACAAAAUGAAAAUGCAAACACCAACCGUAGCAAUAGAAGAAAGAAUAAUCGAAAACAGACUGAUGAGGGAGAUAACAAUCGAGAGCCCAUAGAUCGUCUUGUAAAAGACAUAAGGCAACGCGUGAAGGAUUCGAAACGAUUUUGGUCCAAUUUACCUUAUAUGUUAUGUAAUAACGAAGAUGUUGCUGCCCCUCCAAGUAGCGAUAGUAGCUGCUGGAAUGGGCACACAAUUGACCGGUAUCUUCAUGCAGUUGCGUCCGAGGUUGACAAAAACCCAGAAUUUCCCAACCGCCCAUCCAGUAAUCGACAAAUUGCAAUAGUGCAACAACAGCUGUACACGCUAAGAACUGCAAUUAGUCAGUUGAGAAAUGCGUACAACGGACACGACGUAGAAUGGCCUGAUCAAGAAGAUAAUUACUACGGAAGCGGUUCUGGAGGCGGAAGUGGCUUGGAUGAUGAAGAAGAAAAUGGAUCCGGACUUGGGCCUUGGCCUGAACUGGAUGAACAUGCGCAUUUCCCGGGAGCAUCAGGACCGCCGGCCGGUGGUGCCGCAGGAGAUAAUACCGAUAGGAAUAGUGGUUUUGAUUACACCAGUCAUAAAACUACUCCCGUCGUUGACGGCGGCAGCAGUAGUGGCGGUGGAACGUCAACUGCUACCGGCGGAAGUAACAGUGAGCGUAUUCCACCGUUAUCGAUAACGCGAGCUUUGCUGCAAUUCUUCCUGCCGCUUGUGAUGGCUUGGUUUGGCGGUUUGUUUGCUGAUUUGCUGUGAUCCGAUUAAAGUAGCUAUAAAAUAUGUAUAUUAUUUUAAUUUUUUAAUUUAUCCCGUCAAAGUCUUGAGUUUUAUUGAAUGUAAAGGCAAGUGCGAUAGUGGAUACUGAAGAGAUGUGCAUAUAUUUAUAGAUAGAUGCUCUUUUUCAAAUUGAUGCGUUUGUUAUUGUACAUGAUCCAAAUGUGAUGAAAAUAUACCGAGCAGCUGUAUAAGAUAAUAUAUACACCCAACCCUCAAUACGUAACCGACAAUGAAUAGAUUUUUCAGUUCUGUCUAACUGUAUGUGAGCUUUAAAAUUAUUGAGUAGCUAACAUAUAUGUGUUUCUAUGUUCUUAAAAGUGAACAUUUUCUUAACUUAAUUACUUAAUCUUAUAUUAAUGAAGGUGGCGAGACACAAUCAUUGUUAAUUCCGAUUAUCAUAAUAAGAUUUUCAAUUUCAAACGCAUAUUUCCCAGUGUUAUAGUAUUCAAAUUACCGUGCCAGCAUUUACCGAAUUGUUGUCUAUUACAACGUAACUCCAUAGAAGCAUUUAAUUACAUUGCAGUUGUGUGACGCCAAUCCUUCUUUUGCUCAAAUCUUGGUGCAAAUUUUCCAUCAACAAAAAUGCGAAGGAAGUUUAGGCUGAAAUGCGAUUUCAUUAUUAAUAUUUUAGGCCUUAUCACAACUCUAGUCAAAUUAAAUAGAUAAACCUACUUCCUUCGCGUAAAAAGAAACCUUCAACUGUAAAACAAUCUCAAUCGUUCCUUAUUUCAAAAGGAAAACAUCUCUGUUCAAACCAUUUCACAGCAUAUUUAGCAUAAAUCUAAGUAACAUACGACUGCCUUUAAUACAGCUACUUAUUUGCCAACAAAAUGCCACUAAAAUGCUUUGCGUACACCGUUGAUCCUCUGUAAAUAUCUAUUAAUAGAUCUCUAGAUAGUAUAACGAAACGAACAGAGAAAGUGUCGAUAAAUGCUUAGUAUAUUUAUUAACAUUUCCGUAUUGGUAAUAUAUUUUAAUUUAUGUAGAAAAAAUUUAUGUUUAACUAGCGCUAGAUACCUUUUGAAACAAAAUAUUCUUUCAAAUUAAAAGCAAUUAGGCGCUUCAUAACUCAACCACGAACCGAUUACAUGUCUAAAUCAAUUCUUAUUUUUAAUGAACAUGUCUAAAAUAUCUACAUCUCUAAGACAUGUUAAUGAGCUGCAUAUUUAAUACAGGGGUAUAAAACAGUAACUUUUAAGCUGUAAUUCAAAGCGUAACACGCACAUGAUAAAAGCGCACGCAUUUGGACGAGUUGUAAGUGCAGUAUUUGCUGAAAUAUACAUAGUAUUUGUACAAAAGUAAACAUACUUAGGAAAAAAUGAUAGAAAGCAACUGGCUACAACCACUCAGAAAAAAAGAUGAAUACCGUAUAGCGAGAUGAUCCAUAUCAAAGUACCUUUUUGGAAUUUAAACUCUCAGUACCAACAAUAGUUCUCAUGGCAUAGUCUGAUUAUAAACGCAAAUAGGUACAUGAACAGUUCGAUUUCCAAAUAAACAUGGAUAAUAAUGUUCAUCGGUAAGAUAAAUCGUAUGGUGAUACUGAAUGCAGAUAUGUAAUAAAAAAUGUCCUUGAAGAGUAUUAAUUAUAUAACAGUAUAUGAUGGUACGCGAAAUAAAAAUCAAUUUAUAACAACAA